AUGAUGAAGCUUUUGUUAUCAAGUCCAAGAAUAGAUGUUCAUGCAAAAGUAGGCAAAGAUAAUGCAAUUCAACAUGUUAUUACAAAUCAAGAAGAAGAAUUAUAUAAGAUUCUUAUUCGGUAUCCAAAGAUCCGUUUGGAUGAAAUAACUCCAAUUCCCAGUAAUAAGUUGUACAGAAUUUUCAAAGAAAAAAAUUCAUUGCCACCAAUAUCCUUCAAAUAUGAAGAAGCUCCAAUUAUCAAAAAUUACAAAGAUGAAGAAGAUGAUAAUUAUCAGUUAUUUGAUUCUGUCUCGAAAAAUGACGAAACCAAUUUCCUGGAAUUACUUAAAAACAUUAAGGAUAUCAACAACUUGAAAGGUUGGUUUGAUUUCCCUUUGUUGCUGUUUAUUUUAAUGAAAAAUAAUAGGCAUUUCGUAGAUAUUUUGUUUGGCAAAUAUCACAGCUUGGAUCCAAAUAUUAUGUUUAACAAGCUUCCUUUGAUUUCAUAUUUGAUAAAAAGGAAGAGAGGAGAAAAUAUGGCAUUAUACUUCUUGGACAAGACUGAUAAGAUAGAUAUCAAUAAACCAGAUGAGGAUGGAAUGACGCCACUUCAUUAUGCUGUAAUAUCAUCAGCAUGCAAAGUUAUCAAAAAGUUAUUGGAGUUUGAUUAUAUCAAUCCAAAUGCUAAAGAUUCAAGAGGCCAAACUCCAAUAAUGUUGGCAUCAAGAAUGCCAAAUAACUCUGAGCCUUUCAAACUCUUAUUCCAAUGUGACAAAGUUGAUAAGCAGACAAGAGAUAAAAGGAAUGCAACUAUUCUUCAUAACGCUUGUCAAGUUGCGAAUGUUGAAAUAAUUUCAAUGAUUAUUGAGAAAAUUAAUGAAAUUCCUGAUAUUUUGAAUUAUUAUGAUAAUGAAAGGAAGACACCGUUUCACAGAAUCAUUGAAUACACCCAAUAUCCUGAGAGGAGAUUGAUAGUGUUUGAAAUACUUCUCAAUAUUCCUGAAUUUCGGGUAGAUAUAUUAGAAUUUAUUAAGAUAGUACCCAAACUUGAAAAUGGAAAUGAAUUAACACAAACAUACAACCGAAUCAGAGGAAAUGCGUUUGGAUUAUAUAUAUUUGAUCAUGUAUAA